CAAAAAUGUGUUGACCUAAAAUCUCAAUAGACAAUACCGCAUGCAUAUACAUUGUACAAAAAGCACUUUCAUUUUGUUUUCUUAGAAUAAUAAGUACAAUUCCUAUUCUUGUGUUAUCAGUUGGAUACAUUAAUUACCAGUCAUAUUUUAACAACUGUUUUUAAAAGUGCGACAGCAAAAGAAUGGGUGACGCAUUCGAAAUAGCAUUUUCGUUUGAUACAACUGGAUCUAUGUACAGUUGCCUUGAAGAAGUCCGGAAACGUUUAAGAGAAAUGGUACAAGAUCUGAAACGAACGAUUCCUGGUAUCAAAAUUGCUAUUUUUGCCCAUGGCGAUUAUUGUGAUGCUGGGAGUACCUACGUCACAAAGUAUGUUAACUUCACAAAUGAUCCGAACACCCUUUGUAAUUUUGUAAGCAAUGUCGGAGGAACAGGGGGCGGAGAUACUCCAGAAUGCUAUGAAUUAGUUUUAAGAGAGGUGCAGGAAAAUCUUGCGUGGAGUACAAACUCUCAAAAAUCUUUAGUAAUGAUAGGUGACGCCCCUCCACAUGAAAAGUCAGAGAGCCAAAACUAUCGCCGCCUGGACUGGAAGGAAGAAAUAGAGCGUCUGAGGAAAAUGGACAUUAAAGUGUAUGCUGUUCAGGUAACUAUUAUCACAGGGGACGAAAAAAUUUUACCAUUGCCUAGUUCGUCUAUUACCAUAUCACCUGCUAGUUCAUCUACACCAAAAGCGAUUGAAACACCGAGACCAUGCGAAGAAUUUGUUGCGACAGAAUCUGAUGGAGAAUACGAUGAUGACGACGAUGAUAGCGAUGAUGAAAACGGUUUGUAA